GCGCUUGUUUGCUGGCCGGGUCUUUGGCUGGAGCGGCACCUGUUGGGAUUUCUCUGCCCGCGUAGCCGGUUUGUCAAGGCGGACUUGGUGGUGCCCAGAAGUCUGCUAACAGGAGGAAAGGCACUAUGUUGCAUACUCAUCUGGAUCAGAACAGUGCUAAGCCGCUUCCUGUGGUGAUCAUAGGAAAUGGCCCCUCAGGGAUCUGCUUAUCAUACCUACUCUCCGGCAACAUCCCUUACGUCCGAAGGGGCUCUGUUCACCCCAACCCCAUUUUACAAAGGAAACUGGAAGAAACACCUGAAGUCUCCAUCUUGGACCAGGAUUUAGAGUACCUGUCUGAAGGUUUAGAAGGGAGAUCAUCCAGCCCUGUUGCUCUUCUGUUUGAUGCUCUGCUACGCCCAGACACUGACUUUGGUGGGACGGCAGAUUCUGUUCUUACGUGGUGGCGCCAGCCCAACAGAGCUGUUCCUCACCUGGUUCUUGGCAAAAACCUUCCUGGAGGAGCUUGGCAUUCUAUUGAGGGGUCUAUGUUCACUCUGAGCCGGGGAGACUGGAUGGGGCUUCCUGACCUUCAGUUCAAAGACUGGAUGAGUAGGAAGAAAAAAGGCUUCAGAAACAACAGGGCGACAGCUGGAGAUAUUGUUCAGUACUACCAAUACUACGUGGCCAACAAAAGUUUAAAGAAGAAUUUUCUCUGUGGAACUGUUGUGACAUCUGUGAAAAGUCUCCAUGUGGAUGCUGACUACAGCAGUCAAGUUUCAAGAGACAGUAGCUCUAGAUGGGAUCUUCCUGAGAAACCACAAGACAAUAGCAAAGAAACUGGAAAGCUCUUCCAAGUUGACGGGUUUGUCACUACCAUCAAUGGCACGCAGCCUUUCUCUGUGUAUACUGAAAAUGUGGUUUUAGCCACAGGGACAUAUGACAGUCCCUCCUGGCUUGGAGUUCAGGGGGAAGACCUUCCUUUUGUCCACCACAAGCUCUCUGCCCUGGAAGAUGCUGCAAGGACCAAGGAAAUUGGCACGAUGUCAGAUCCAAUUCUGAUUGUGGGUGCUGGACUUACGGCAGCAGAUUCAGUCCUCUUUGCUCGCCACUGCAACAUCCCAGUGAUUCAUGCCUUCCGGCGGAGUGUCAAUGAUCCAGCCCUGAUCUUCAACCAGCUCCCAAAGACUAUGUAUCCCGAGUACCACAAAGUCCACCAGAUGAUGAAAGAAGAGGUGGCUUCUGGCCCAGGACUGUACGAGAGUUACGUCAGCCUUCCUGAGCACCACAUAGUGUCCUUCACGGAGGACAGGAAGUGCAUCUUCCGGGAUAAGAGUGGCCGCCAGAAAGUGUACAACAUUUCUAUGGCUUUUGUUCUCAUUGGGUCCAACCCCAACCUCUCUUACCUGCCAAAUAAUGGUGUGGACUUGGCGGCAGACUGUGAACAGCCAGUCAGUUCCAAAAGGAACCCGAUUGAUGUAGAUCCCUUUACUUAUGAAUUGGUUCAUGAGAAGGGGCUCUAUGCCAUGGGACCGCUAGCUGGGGAUAAUUUUGUGCGCUUUGUACAAGGUGGUGCUUUGGCUAUUGCCAGCUCUUUGUUGAAGAAGGCCAACAAGAACCCACCAUAAUACUGGCUAGAUCUCAGUGUUCUCAUAGGCCAAUGUCUUCUCUGGAAAAGCAAGAGCGUUGAAUAGGUAGAAGCUAUUUCAGCUAGGAAGUCUCGCCACCAUAGCACACUCGGGGGUUGCCCUGACGUGCUGGGUGUCCAAUGUCCAAUUCAAGAUGGUUCAAUCAACAAGUUUGUGCUGGUUCUGCUGAACUUUUCUCCCCGCAUGUAAAAAUUGAAGAUGGGCCUAUGUAGACUGGCAUACAAAAUUAUGGGAGAUUGUCUUCUGCUCUGUGUGGAAGGGGUACAAGGUAGUAAUACUUAACUACCUUGCAGGUUUUAAAGUAAAGGAACAGCAUACUUGGGGCCCAUAGAGUUUAAUCUGUAACAGAUUUUUCUUCUCAGUGUGCAGAUCUCAAAUUCAAGUGGGCCCCACCCCAAUUGUGUUCUGAAUGACUACAAAAUCAAAAUAUUACCCGAAGAGUAACGGUGCAGAACCAAAUUAAGUGCAAGGUUGCGUCUGCUUUCCUUCCCAGAGCAACUUUUUAGAGUUGGAGGGAACAAGAGGAAGUUGCAGGGUGGGAACUGGUGAGCCCACCCUUGGCUUGGUUGAAGGUACUUACACACACAUGGAGGAUAAGGCUUGCUUCAGAGCCCAAUGUUCUGGUGGCCACAAACAUGUCCUUGUAUCCUUAAGGUGCAUCUGUUGGGCUGAUCUGAUCCUUAGAACUGAAGAUGGUACAGCCCUAUGGGCCUAAGGGCCUACUGAGCCCUUGAUUUCCACUUUUGCAAAUGUGCAAUUUAAGUAACUUCUGAAUGAAGAUGUAAUAGCAUAAAUCUCAGGGGGAAAAUUUAAU